AUGAGCAUGCCUCUGAAUUCUCCUGUGGAAAUACUCAGGAACCUCAAUGGAGUCCAGCUUUUUGCCACUCUGUGGACUUCCGCUCAGCAGAAUUCCUUGAGCCUGGAAAACCCAGCCCGGAGCCGCGCGGAGUUUCCAACCUGCGCCGGUGCCAGCAAACAGCAGCGGCUGAGCAAGCGGAGAGAGGCAGAAGCCCGGACGCCGCAGCGGCUCAAGGUGACCGUGACCCGUCGGGGUGCCCUCGGGGUGCCCCGGGGACGCCCCGCUCUCGGCAGCGGGACCAUGCCCGAUGCCGCGCGGAGCCUGCUGGCGCUGCUGGCGCUGACGGUCGCUUGCGAGUGGCCCAUCCCGGCGGUGGCAGGAGAACCUGAUACAACCAAAACUUGUAAAAUGGAAUGCCCCAAGUUUUCAAAGCAUAUAUAUCCUUUGAGAAUACUAGAGAGCUACACAAUUAGCACCUGCAGAGCCAAGACGUCGAUCAUACUGACAACAACGAAAAAGAUAAAUGUUUGUGUCGACCCAAAGCUUGGCUGGGUAAAGAAAGUUAUGCAGGGCAUAGAUGCAAGGACUAAACUUGGCACCCCCACAAAAAAGCCUCCUUUAGCUAACAGACAUUCAGGAGAAGCUAAAUUGGAGGUUGAGGGCCACGCUCAGCCCACAAAAAAAGUUAGCACAACCUCCCACAAGACAGCCACACUCCCUGUGAGAACCACGGCAGAUCCCCAACCUUUUCUGGAAAGAGGAUUGUCUGGUGUGGAGGCCACCACAUCUUCUGCAUCGUUGACUCCUCAACCAGAAACCAUGGCUGAGAAAUCCACCCUUCAGCCUGAGUCGACUGCAAAUCACGAGAUAGAGUCAGAAACCUUUGAGGGGCACAAAAGAUUGGGGGAAUGUGUCACACCAACGAAGAAAAGCCUGGAGGAUUUCUCUAGGACAACCCAACGACUGGUGUCACCUCCUAUGCCUUUUCCGGGAACUGACAAAACAAGUACCAAAAGUCCUGCGUUUGUUUCAGAAACUCUCGUGAAUCCUUCAGCCCAUCCGGCCAUGAACUCUUCCGUCAGCAAGCUUCUUCUGGAAUUUGUCACAAAAGAUAAGACAUCAAUGAUGAUACCCACCAAGCUUCCCAACUCUUCCGAUCAACACCGUUUGUUUUUAAGCACCUCCACCGCAGAACAUAAGCCAGAGUCAGUUGAGGACUUCACAACUCAACUUCCUACCGACUCUAGUAGCCCAUCAAGCAGACAGUCCAGCUCUGAUAGAACCAGCCUCAGUUCUGUCCAGUUUCGAGGUAUGGUUGAUGCAGAACGUGAAGGAGACACCACAGAAACACUUUCGUCUAUUGGAACUGGUAGAACUUUCUCCAAACCUUCAGACACGUUCCAAAUUUCAGGUUAUCACCAAGAAACUUUUAUGGAGAGUACUUCAAUAUCCAUCUCAAACACCCCAGCAACAACUCUAGUUUGCAAACCCCAUUCCCAAUCCAUGGUACAAAAUUACAUUAUCCCCGUGCUUUCUAUUGGGGGUAUCCUCUGUGUCCUCCUGGCACUUGGUGGCUUAGUCUACGCUAAACGUAACAUAUGUCCCAGACGGUCACCCAAGAGGCAGAUUCAAGGCCUGUUGUACUACCCAUGUGACUCCCAAGCUGAGUCAUAUCCCAUGGAAAUUGUUUAACCUUUCCAUCUUUUUGGAUUGGCAAAAAUCCGUCUUAUUUUACAAGAGGGAUGGACUGGGUUAGUAGCACGACUGAUGGGGAGUCCUGUCUGGUCUCCGUCUUCUUCUCUGCCAAGGUUAAGAGGGUUCGCAAGCUGUUGGUCAGAAGAUGCACUAAAGCAUCACAACCCCCUUAUUGGUCUUACGAGAUGUUGUAGCCCAUUGGGCUAUGGACCAAAGACACAGUCUUCUAUGUGGGAGGCGGGCCUCCCUACCAAAGAAAGAAUGUCCAUUGGAAGAAAAGAGAACUAUUCCUUCUUGGGCUUAAGAUACUCAGGUGCCAAUAGGUUGUCGGUACGGUUUGAUUGUAAUUGAUGUUUGCAGUGUUGAGAUAAGCCAUAAGGAUGGAUGGGGCUGGCCCAGAACAUCUACCUGUUUGAGAUGAAAGAGGUGUCUACUGCCAGUGGUGGUAUCCAGCUGGUUCUAUCCGGUUCGAGAAAACCCGUAGCAGUGGCUGCAGGAGGCUCCGCCCACCUGCCCGGAUAGAAUCACGUCCCGUUUUUGAUGCCCUGCGCAUGUGCAGAAGGUCCUGCGCAUGCGUGGAGGUGGUGCGCGCUCACAUUUGCGAACUGCUAGCGAAGGUAAGUGAAUGCCACCUCUGACUCCUACCCUACUCUACUCUUCUAGGUUGACCUUGAAGGCUGACCCAACGGGUGGUUGAAUUUUCUUCCACUGCUGGUGAUAAAAGAGCACAAAUCCAGGGAUUGUACCCUGCAGUGUCCCCUCAGACCCCAACACCUUUCUUAGUCCUCUUGGUAGGUGCUGAGUCUUUGGUUGGUCUUUGGUUGUCCAGCAAGAGCCUUUCAGAUCAUGACAUCAUCAGUUGAUAACAAAUCCUUUGGGUGCUCGGGGUGACGGGGUGGGGAGAAGGCACCCCUACGCUUCUUCUGCGUAGAAACGAUCAUGUCAGGCAGUGGUGGGAUUCAAUUUUUUUUAUUACCGGUUCUGUGGGCGUGGCUUGGUGGGGGUGGCAUGGUGGGCGUGGCAAAGGAAGGAUACUGCAAAAUCUCCAUUACCACUUCACUCCAGGGGAAGGUUACUGCAAAAUCCCCAUUUCCUCCCGAUCAGCUGGGACUCGGGAGGCAGAGAAUAGAUGGGGGUGGAGGUGGUAUUUGCCGGUUCUCCGAACUACUCAAAAUUUCCGCUAUCGGUUCUGCAGAACUGGUCAGAACCUGCUGAAACCCACCUCUGGUGUCAGGGCUGGGAAGGAAGUGAAAGUUGUUACAUCAAAAUUGCCAUGGGGGGGUGGGGAAAAAACAACAUCAGAAAAAGCUAUUUCACUUGUCUCAAAAUGCACUUUUGGUAUUUUAAACCCUGUGGGUUUGGGAAAAUCUGCUUGAGAUCAGAUCUGUUUUAUAUUAUCUUUUAAAAACAAUAAAAUAAAUAAAACAACAACAAUCAAAUAAAUCAGGGCUGUCUUACAUUCUCUUCCCAACUAAUAAAACUAUAUCAGAACCGUUUUUUUUAAUAUGAUCUUUAAAAACAAUAAAAGAGACAAUCAGACUUAA